AUGGAUUUUUUAGAGGAAUUCCCUGAACAGAUAUUUCGAGACAUCUUAUUAAGAGUGCCAUAUAAAUCUCAAUCAAAGAUUAAGCUGAUGUUGAAACCUGCCAAAGAAAUGAUAGAAUGUUUCGACUUUUAUAUGAAUAGAAUUAAGUUUGACCUGGCUAAGAAAUAUAUAUGUUUGCUCCACGGUUCUGGGAUAUCUGUGUACGAUCCUGUUGAUCAAUCAUGUGAACUCCUCUCAACUAUUCCCAUUGGAUCUGAAAUCCCAUUCACUUCUCAUAUUAUAACUGUUAAUCAUAAGAUUGUUCUUCUGCACUUGAAACACUAUCUUACUGCAAACAUUUGGAUAUAUGAUUUAUUAUCUAGAACAUGGAAGCAAGGUGCUGAAAUUCCCACUGCGAGAUCUGGAACUGGGUUUGCAUGUUGUGCCUCACCUGAAGGAUCAAUUUACAUUGCAGGAGGAUGUGCCAAAUAUGGUAAUGCCCAUGAACUCCGUGAAGCAGCAGUUUAUAAAGUAAAUGAAGACAAGUGGGAGCUUCUUCCUCAGAUGCACGAAAAAGUUGGCUCGUGUAGAGGUCUUUUUAUUGAAGGAAUGUUUUAUGUCAUUAAUAAUUGGAAUAAUGGAAUUCAAAGAUUUGAUCCCAACACAGGAAUAUGGACAACAAUAGAAACUAUGACUGCGCCCAAUUCAUGGUACGUCCAUUUUCGAGGGCUAAUUGCAUUUUUAUGGAAUGGAAUACAGCAAUAUGAUUGGGAAGGAAAAGGGUGGAGAGAAUUGGAACCCCUCCCUCAACAACUUUACCCUGUCCGUGCCACAGUGUGGUGUGAUCAUAUUUUCUUGUGUGGAAGACAAUACUACGCAACUUCCAUCCAUCAGUCAACCAUUUUUUAUAUGUAUAAACCUGGAGCACCUCUCUCUGAGAGGUGUAUUUCAAUUGGCUUGAAUUUAGAUGUCACUUCAGUUGCGACGAUAGAAAUUUAA